GUACAGGUGAGCACGGUCGCAUUGUGGUAGCAAAACGAGUCGUUACUCCUUGUUUUAACCCCGGUCUACACUCUGGUAUUAUGAGCGCAGUCUUCUGCCCAAACCGACUCGCCAUUUGUGCUUGUCCCAUAUCAUCCGCACCGCGCCAUCCUGCCAACCCGCCAUGAUGGCAUCCGUCUUACAAGAUCUAGCGUGGGGAUCUCUCCGCAAGAGAAUGGAGGAAGAAACCGACCCCGAUGAAUCUCCCGAAGCCGGAGAGCAAGAGUUUUGGACCUCUUGGGCGCUGUUUAUACUCAUCCUGCUGUUGAUCGCGGCGCUGUUCACAAGCUAUAUGCUGAAGCAGAAGCGUGUUCAGGCUGUACAUGAGACGGUCCUGUCGAUAUUUUCUGGCAUGGUCGUUGGGCUGAUUAUUCGAGUGAGCCCUGGGACAUUGAUUCAAAAAUCUGUCAGCUUCAAUUAUCAGUUUUUCUUCAACCUUCUCCUUCCUCCGAUUAUAUUGGCGUCGGGAUACGAGUUGCAUCAGGCCAAUUUCUUUAGAAACAUAGGGGCCAUCCUCACCUUCGCGUUUGCGGGGACAUUUAUUUCGGCGUUAGUACUGGGAUUGAUUUUAUAUCUGUGGACGCGAAUUCCCCUGGAUGGCCUCAACAUCUCGUUUGUCGAGGCAAUAUCGGUGGGCGCCACCCUUUCAGCGACGGAUCCGGUGACUAUUUUAGCGAUUUUCAACGUCUACAAGGUUGAACCGAAGCUUUACACCGUGAUAUUUGGAGAAUCUAUCUUGAACGACGCUAUCGCUAUUGUCCUCUUCGAAACCGCACAGAGAUACAAACCGGGCAGUACAGCCGGGUCGUUGACUGUACUCAGCUUAUUUGAGGCUAUCGGCAUAUUUUUGCUCGUGUUCUUUGGCAGUUUACUCAUCGGGGUCGUCGUUGGAGUUGUAACCGCGCUGGGCCUAAAGUACACUCAUGUACGCCGCGAACCAAAAAUUGAGAGCUGCCUGAUCGUGCUCGUUGCGUACGCAAGUUAUUUCUUCUCAAAUGGGGUUCAUAUGUCAGGAAUCGUGUCCCUCCUAUUCUGCGGCAUUACGCUCAAGCACUACGCAUAUUACAAUAUGUCCCGAAGGACCCAGCUCACGACCAAAUUCAUUUUCCAGAUCCUAGCUCAGCUUUCGGAGAACUUCAUUUUUAUCUACCUUGGCUUAGACCUGUUCACUGAGGAGAAUUUGCAGUUCAAGCCUCUGUUUAUCCUGGUGACAGUGGUUGGUAUUUGCGUCGCGAGAUACAUGUCAGUUUUCCCGCUAUCCAAGGCGAUUAACUGGUUUAUUCGAUAUCGGGCGAGACGGCGUGGCAAGGACGUUGCCGACGAACUUCCCUUUUCUUACCAAGCCAUGCUGUAUUGGGCUGGCUUACGUGGUGCAGUCGGUGUGGCGUUGGCUGCUGGCUUAGAGGGCACCAAUGCUCCGGCAUUAAGAGCUACAGUCCUUGUUGUCGUUGUGUUGACUGUGAUAAUAUUUGGCGGUACCACUGCGCGAAUGUUGGAGAUCCUUGACAUCCGCACUGGAGUGGCGGAGGAAGUUGACUCAGAUGACGAAUUCGAUAUCGAGAUGACCGACGGAGGUACGUACUACAAGAGAUCCGGGACCGGAAUCGGCCAUACCCCACGCCGUAGCGACUUCACAAUCCCACUGGACUCUGUGCACAUAACAAAUGGCCUUGAUUCGAGUCCUCACGCAGGCGAAAGUUACGCGACUAGCAGACAUGGCGGUCCUUCACCCCAACCAGGAGAAGGAAGGGGCAAUCUCGCCUCAAGGAAGCCCGCAGGGUACAACCAGCGAGACCGCAACCCACGUUCCCGCGAUGCAGCCUCAUCACAGGCUCUGCUUGGAAGUCGCAGCGUCAGCCAAAAUGGCAGCGCGAGCGGUAACAGUGCAGAUGAAGCAGCGAUGCACAGCAGGAAUCGCGCCACGUCUCGAGCAGCAUCGAAGGCCCUAGCGGACACAGACCCGGAUCUGGAGGACUUCGAUUUGGAACUUGAUUCCAUAUCUGAUGACGAUCAUCUCCCCCCGGCGGCUCCUUCGCACAGAGCUUCGCGCACGCCUUCGCGCUUGUCAACUCGCGCUCCCCACGACCCGAGCCCAGUAUCAGGCCAGGCCGCUUCUUCAUCGUCACCGGCACCGGCGGUGACAGCGGGACAAGCGCAAAGUCAACAAGGACGGCCUAUUUUCUCCGGUGCCACAAGUGCGUUUCGAGAUCUACUGUCCGGUGCGGGAUCCAGGGACCAUGCAGAGUGGUUCAAGCAGCUAGAUGAGGAGUAUAUCAAACCGAAGUUGCUGCUUGAUCAAGGAUCUGGGCACAAGGGGCCUGGAGCGGCGUGAACAUGUUUGUAUAUUCCACUUGGAGGCUUUUUUAGGUCCGCUGCCUCUUCUUUACUUUUCUAUUUUUAGGUUGUUUUACAUUUAUCUUGAUGGAGACGGCGGAAUAUGUAAUUUCAUGGUUUGAUUCAUGUAAUGCUGUUAGACCAGGGCCACAUACCCUAUGUAUCGAACUGUUUUGCAGGAAUUUGCUUUAAAAGUUAGUUUUUCUUUUCUCCCUAGAAUCAGGUUACUGUAGUCACUUUCUAUUUAUG